CGAUACAGCGAUGCCGAACACUGAAUCCACCGCUACCGUCCUACGAACUGAAUGCUAAACACGACGCAGCGGCUCCAUAUGUCCGCGAGAGGCAGCUGAUUUCACGGCGUGCGUAAAGUCGCAUGGGUAUGCCACUUGGGAGGAUUAGCCAACAUCUGCUCCACGUAAAGAGUACACUUCCAAGUGAAAAAAGACUAGAAAAUACUGAGCUCAGUGUGGUUGCAGUAGCUGGCUAUAAAGCAUCGUCAAACGGAUCAAACGGAUUGAUUUUGCAGUUUAAUUAAUGUUUAAUGCGAAAGGCAUCGCUUGCUCUGAUCUUGCUCUGAGAUCGCUAAAUCGCGUCCCACAUCGCGAUCGAGGAAGAUGAUCGAUAGGUGGAGGAUCUUCUUCGACAAUUGCAUGAAUGUUUUAAGCCUUUGGUAUUUUAGCGAGAAGAGCCUUCUACUUAACCAGGAUGUGAAUGAAUGUCGUUCCUCGUGUCUAUGGUACAUUUCCCUGCAGUGCAUCCAUAGAGACGUCGAUGUACUAUCCGUAUUUACAGAAGGCACAUGGGAAUGGGAUAUAAUGAACCAUCGAUAUUUGCUCUAUAAUUAAUUUGCACUUUCUGAUGCAUGGUUAGCAGCACGAAUCGACUUAAAAUUGCAUUUAUUUACCAUCAUAUAGCGGGUGACAUAUUCUAUCGGAAGCUCAAGUAGCACCAAUUAGAAUGAAAAACAACAACAAAUGGCAUGGCUGUUUCCCACGCGAAACAGUUGCUUAGAGGUUCUUUGUUUUUCGUGGUCACCAUUCAAACGGUCCGCUCAAUGUCAGGGUGUUGAUUUAAGAUUCAAUGACCUAGGCAAAGUUGUGCGACAAAAUUCACACACUUUAUGGCUUGGAAUGUGAAAAGUGUAAAUCAAAUGUAUUUCAUUUUAUUGUAACAAUCUUUUCCUAAACAAAAAAAAAAACACACACACACACACACACAAAAGCUUAUAAAGAUAAAUUGGGUCUAUUUUUGGGUGCUCCUCGUUUGUGUUCGUACGUACAAGCUUUAAGCUCGCCAACGCGCUAGAAGACAUUGAUGCUUGCGUGCGCUGGCUGUGUGUGAUAAAUGGGUUGACCGGUUUGAACACAUUGCCAAAAAAUCUUUUCCAUCUACCUGGGGAAGCUAAGCCGGUGGAACGUUUUAUGGCAGGCCGAGCUGGAAAUAAACCAUACCGUUUCGCGCUGACGAACGACGGUAGACAGGAUAAGGGCACAAUAAAACGCGAUAAUAAGAGUAAAUGAGUGGGCUCGCAUGGGCAACGGAAGGAGUAAGAAUAGCUGAAGCUGCUUGCUGCUGAUCUACUGCUUCCAGAACCAACCAACCGACCAGCGAUCCAGCCAGCCAGCCAGCCAGCCAGCCGAUCAGCCGAGCCGAAAGAUAGGGAAGAUGGAGCCACGGAUCGUUCGUAAAACGGAGUGUGUAAAACAAAAAAGGAAGAAAAACGCACCUAAAAGCUACGCAAAAUGUUGCCUGAAUGAAGCAAAGAAUGAGCGUGCACAGUGCAGAGCGAAAAACAAAAGUGUGGAAACACAAAAGGCCUCCCAAAACAGUUGCGCGUAGCUCAUUUCAUUGGCAGCCCGUUUAUAGCGCCGAUAGCACGUGCUGCGCUGCCGCUGUCUCGUCGAUCAUUCCGUACGCGCUUUUUCGCGUGCCAGGUGCCUCGAACCGGUGCGUUUGUCGAGUCGAGUCAAGUACGAAAGUAUGCUGAACGAUCUUGGGUAAUUGAGGAGAGCGCUGCUGGUGAUGCCAAACCCGGAAAACUCCCGAGUGUCGAUUCGCAUCGAGUGUUGUUGAUCAACAGGUUUCGCGCGUGUGCUCCGGGAGCUGGAGUGUCUGCAGGAGUGAGUGUUUAAAAUAUUGUUGUGAAACCCAAAUUAAGCAUCGAACACCAACAAAAUGCAGUGGGUGAGGUUACAAUUGGUAUGGAUACCCAUCUACCUUCUCCUCCUUCUCCUGAGCAUAGUUCAACCGAUUACGGGGCAGUUUAAAAUUGUCAAUCUUAACGAUGGCAACCGUGCCUUCCCAUCAAAUGGAACCACCGGAAGCGUAACACUCGUUCAGAUCAAACCAAUACUAACAACGGCCAACAGCUCUAUGUCUACCGAGCUACUGCACACCAAGCUAGCGAACGAAAGUGGCCGAGCACUUGAGCAUGGGAUGAUGGUUGAGAAUAAAUUCAUCAAACUAUCGAUCGUCGGUAACUCCACGUCCACCGGCAACAAAACGCGUGAACGCAAAAGCCAACAAACAGUGCGUACCGAUGGGCGCCAAAACGAACUACUGCUCUACGGCGACCGGAGCAAAACGGAUCGGCCACUGACAAACGGUGACAAAACCGUUGUCGGUUACGCCAAAAGGAGUAAAAUUCGUUCCACCUCUCGAGCGGACCAGGGCGUAAAUGCGCAAACUUCGGCUGAAUCGCUGGCCUCGAAGGUCCGGCGGCACAAGUAUCGAAACUUUAAAUCUCGCUGCCGUUGCGAGCGUAUAUGGAACUGUGCCAGGAUACAGAUAUCGGUGGCACGCUGUGCACCAGAUUAUUUCAUGUGCUGCUUCUGAAGCGAGGACCCUCAGUGACGAGCGGCUCAAUAAAUAUUGUGAAAGCUU